CCUACCUAGGUACGUAGAUGGCUUCUCACCUACAGAUUCCCGGGAAGCAAAGCCUUCACCAGACACGUAUAGGUAAUCUGCCUUGCCUGUUGUGCAUGCUUUGCUGGCGGCAUACUCAUCUACCCCUUCUAAGCACCAGCUCUGCUUUAGGCAGUAUAGAUAUUUCGGAAAGGUCCUCGAUUAAUGUUCCCUUUCAUCCGUACCACCUAGAAAUUGCAAGAUCACUUUUCUUUAUUAGAUACACAUCCAUUCUUCGAAUAUCUCCCCCUUUGAGAUCCUCGAUAUAUCGUAAACAAUGCCGUCAUCGGCCUCACAAGAGGUUGGACCAGCGAUGUCAGAGCCAGUUGCAACACCACCCGCUGUCGUUAUCGAUACAAGCCUAGAAUAUCCCACCAAUAUUACGGCACCCAUGGCACCUAAUAAGGUUCAAUCCCCGAUCGAUACCUUGGUUGUUGAUCCCAAGAUUACUUCAAUAUCGGGCUGUAGCUUUAUGCUAAAGAUCACUGUGUCUCCCGAUUCCGCGUUGAGCUCCCGUCCCGACACUCCUCAUAGCCGUAUGUCCACCGGAGAACCAGAUACAUCAUCGGAGUCGGACGCCAGCUCAGAAGCAGACGACAAUGAAGUUACACUUUCACCCCAAUCCUCCAUCCAUAGCUCUUCUGAUAGCGAUAAGAUACCCGAAAUAGUACUCCCACCUGCCAGUCAAGAAUUGUACAGACACUUACAGCAGCGUCGAAAGGGGUCAACACUGGUAGAUGAAACAUGGUCCUAUCACAAUUCACCGACUCUUCAGCCUUCGUCUGACCAAUCAUCUCAGUCGUGUCCGAGUUCUCCUCCAUUGGACUCAGUGAAACAUGACGCCGCCACUAGCCAGGCUACUAAUCCGACUUCUCACGGUGUGAAUCCGUUCGGGCCCACAACAUCCAGAGCUAGCCAAGAGUGGAUUUUUAGAAAGCUACUCGACGGGGAAACCAACCAAGUCCUUGACAUGCUAAUGCAAUAUCAAGGACUAGAGGAAGUCAAGCAACAAUUCCUGGAUAUCAAAUCCAAGGUUGAUUGCUGUAGAGACCAAGGCCGAGAUCUGAAAUCAGAGCGCUUUAACAUUGUCUUCCAAGGGAACCCUGGGACAGGUAAAACAACAAUCGCUCGCUUGUAUGCCAACUUCCUCCACAGUCUAGGCAUUCUCGGAUCCAACCAUGUGCAAGAAAUGAGCGGCAUCAAAGUAACGACCAAAGGCGCCGUGGGAAUCCAGCAGGAGCUUGAUACAUUGUUAAUAAUGGGCGGCGGCGUCCUGUUUGUGGACGAAGCUUAUCAGUUGACUGCUCCGUACGUUGAUGGCGUCGGACGACCGGCUUUGGACAUAAUCCUUUCGGCGAUGGAAAAUAAUAUUGGCAAACUUGUUGUCAUAUUUGUUGGCUACAAGGACGAGAUGGUAUCGUUCUUUGAACAUAACCCCGGGCUAAGUAGCCGGAUCCCCUAUACAAUGAACUUCACUGAUUUCUCUGACGGGGAGCUCUGGAAGAUACUAUGCGACAAUAUUACGAAACAGUACGGCGGAAGAAUGCAAAUUGAAGGCGGUAUGGACGGGCUAUACAUGCGUAUUGCUAUUCGUCGACUUGCUCAAGUCCGCGGCAGCAGAAGCUUUGGCAAUGCACGCGCGGUCGAAAAUCUCCUAGCUAGGAUAUCGCAGCGACAGGCACAGCGUCUAACAAAGGAGAAAAGAUAUAACAGAAAGCAGAACUAUCUACUCUUCAAGAAGGAGGAUUUGAUUGGUCCGGAUCCAGCAACUGCCGCUCACAACAGCGAGGCGUGGGCUCAGCUACAUAAACUCAUCGGACUCGACCAAGUCAAGGAGUGCGUGAAAAGCAUGAUAGGGAUGAUGAGGCUUAAUUACCGCCGCGAGUUGCGUGAGCGUCCCCCUCUCAAAUUCUCGCUAAAUCAGUUGUUUGUGGGUAAUCCAGGCACUGGAAAGACAACAGCAGCCAGGUUAUAUGGUCGAAUUCUAGCCGACUUGGGUUAUCUCAGCCACGGCGAUUUGGUCUUAAAAACCCCAGCCGACUUCAUCGGCGAGUGCCUCGGAAAGUCCGAGGCAAAGACAAGAAAGGUCCUAGAGGCAACCGUUGGCAAAAUCCUGGUAAUUGAUGAGGCUUAUAUGCUUGACGCCGGCGAUCCCGACAAAGAUCAGGACAAGUUCAAAACCGGAGUAAUCGAUACGUUGGUGUCGAUGGUCCAAGGAGUCCCCGCAGAGGACCGGUGCAUCGUUCUCAUCGGCUAUGAGAAUAAGAUCAGAAACAUGUUCCACAACGUCAAUCCAGGUCUCUCACGCCGCUUCCCAAUCGAGCGGCCUUUUCGUUUCGAAAACUUUGACCUUCCACAGCUAGAGAAGAUCUUGAGACUGAAGAUGAAUGAGCAGAAGCUUGAAUACACAGAUCAUUCUAUAAGAGUCGCUUGUGAAGUUCUCGAAAGGUCACUGAUGCGCCCGAACUUCACGAAUGCCGGUGAGGUGGACAGCCUUCUAUCCACGGCCAAGAUGAACUACGAAAUGAGACUAUCAAAGAUGUCCCCUGAAUCUUUAGACAUUGACAUAGAGGUUGUGGCAGCGGACUUCGAUCCGAACCACGACAGAGGGUCGCAACUCGAUUGCCGUAAGCUAAUGGAAGGUCUGGUGCACAGCACUAUUACCGACAAACUCGUUGGGUACCAGAAGCAAUAUUUUGGGGCAAAGAGCCUUGGAAUAAACCCGAGGGAUCAAGUCCCGACGAGGUUUAUCUUCAAAGGACCUCCAGGUACGGGGAAAACCACCACUGCCCAGAAAAUGGGAGAAAUCUUCUACAGAAUGGGGUUUUUAGCGACGCCCGAGGUAGUCGAAUGUUCCGCGGCCGAUCUACUGGGUCAAUAUGUCGGUCAUACCGUCCCUAAAACACGAAAGAAACUUCAGGAGGGUAUCGGGCGAGUUCUCUUCAUCGACGAAGCCUACCGACUUAUAUACGGCCAAUACGCUGCUGAAGCAGUUGAUGAGCUAGCCCAGUUCCUAGGUCAAAAGGAGAAUGAAGGCAAGAUGGUUGUGAUCCUUGCUGGCUAUCCGGCAGACGUACAACUUCUCAUGUCAACUCGACCAAACAUCGGAGGUCUUUUCCCAGAAGAUAUCAUCUUCAACAAUAUCCCUCCUGGAGACUGCAUUGCGUUGCUUGCUAAGGAAUUUGAGCUGAGCAAUUUCACGAGCGAAGCAGGCUUUCUCACAGACUCAGGCUCACCAGAUUACGUCAAGGUCAAGAGGCUUUUCAACGCCAUGCAACUUAUUCCUGGUUGGAGCAACGCCCGCGAUGUAAGAAACUUAUCGAAGCGAAUAGUCGGGAAAUUCCUUGAACAUACCAACGACUCUACCAACAAGUCUACCAACAACCAGCUGCAUAUCUUGUCCGCUGAACACAUCACAAACUGUAUGCGGGAGAUGAUCACGCAGCAGAGAGACCGUUGUAUCGUCACGGGAGCAAACGACAAUGUGUAUAUGCCGCAACAACCACCUAUGAGAGCCAACUCUAACCAUGGGCUGUUAAACCCGCAACUGGCAUCACCACCUCCUCUCACUAGCACUGACAUUCGCACCCCGGGAACAGGGAAUGCAUACUCUGCUACGAACAGUGGUGCUUCAACUGGAACACGCAUUCAGGAUCAGACUCAUUCUUCUAUGUCUCAAGUCAAUGCGGUGUACACACAAACAAAUAGGACCCGGGUUGAUCGAAAUAUCCAAGGGGGCAGCCCAGAGAGUGCAAACAUGCGCGAAGGAGGUGUCUCUGAGGACAUCUGGCAAGAGCUUCUCAAGGCGAAGAAGAUCGAAAACGCCCAGCAUAAUCAGCGCAAAACUGAAAUCGAGAAGCUGCAACGCGCUUUGCAAGAAGCCGAAAGCGAUACGUCUGGGGGAACCGGGGGGCGCGGUAACGAUACGGAUUGUGAUGCCAUCCGAGACCAGCUGUCAGCGAUCCAGCAACGCAUGCAAGAUGAAGAAAGAGUACAGGCGGCCAUUGGAGAGAUGAAUCGAUGCGUUAAUGGGUUUGCUUGGCACCGAGUUGCAGGAGGCUAUCGGUGCGACGGUGGAAUGCACCUUGUGACUGACAUGGAAGUCCAGUCGAGAUUGGUAUAAUGGCGAACUUUCCGAUGCCCAGAUACUAGCAUCAAAACGUUUUUUCCAGAAUUGCAUCAGUGCCGAUUCAGAAAAAACCAUUUGUAUAGUAAUAGCAAAUAGUUAAAUGAGGCCUGAAUGAAGAUAUGACAUAAACUCGAACAAAGGUAAACUA